ACAAAUAUCUCCGAUUCUCCAUCAACAUAUUUAUCCAUUGUGACUUCAUAAUGCAGUGAGGACUCAGAGUUCAGCUGAAUUCACAAAGAUGAUUCACAAUGGAGUCUGUAACCUCCGCACCUGCCUCCGUCUCCCGGAGACCUCGCUUUCUCGAUCACCACCGCUUUCCCUCGCUCUUCGCCGGCGAUACCUUGCCGGCGCUUCCGCCGCCGCCAAGAAGGAGAAAGAGAAGGUGAUAGUCAUUUCCGGACCCACCGGUACCGGCAAGAGCCGCCUGGCUCUUGAGCUCGCCAAGCGCCUCAACGGGGAAAUAGUCAGUGCCGACUCUAUCCAGGUAUAUCGGGGUCUUGAUAUUGGAUCUGCAAAGCCUUCCCAAAAUGAUAGAAAGGAGGUACCACAUCAUCUGGUUGACAUACUGCAUCCAUCUGAAGACUAUUCUGUUGGACAGUUUUUCGAGGAUGCAAGGCAAGCUACAAGAUCUAUUCUUGACAAAGGGCGUGUUCCCAUAGUUGUCGGGGGCACUGGACUGUAUUUAAGAUGGUUCAUAUAUGGAAAGCCAGAUGUGCCUAUAGCUUCUCCGGAGAUUGCAUCCAAAGUACAUCUAGAGUUGGCUGAACUACAGAGAAAAGAAGAAUGGGAUGCAGCUGUGCAAUUGGUUGUAAAAGCCGGUGAUCCGAAGGCCCAACUUUUACCAGUGAAUGAUUGGUAUCGCUUACGGCGUAGCCUGGAAAUUAUUAAGUCCAGUGGGUCACCUCCUUCUGCUUUUCGGGUACCAUAUGAUUCUUUCAGGAAACAGGAUGACUUUAGUGUUAUUGAUGGUUCUGAGUCAUCUAGGGCAAACACAACAGAAGAAACCAAUAUGUCAGAUUUGGACUACGAGUUUAUGUGUUUUUUCCUUUCUGUCCAAAGACUUGACCUCUAUAAAUCACUUGAUUAUCGGUGUGAAGAAAUGCUAUUAGGAAGGGAUGGGAUUCUAUCUGAGGCUCAGUGGCUUCUUAAUUUGGGUCUUCUUCCAAAUUCGAAUUCUGCAACACGAGGAAUUGGUUACAGACAAGCCAUGGAGUACUUAUUAAGUUGCAGAAAGCUAAAUGGUCAGAGUUCAGUAGGAGAAUUUUACAAGUUCUUAUCUGAAUUUCAAAAAGUAUCACGGAAUUUUGCGAAGAGACAGCUGACAUGGUUUCGAAAUGAAAAAAUAUAUGACUGGCUUGAUGCUUCUAAACCUCUGGAAACAGUACUCAACUUCAUUGUUGAUUCAUACCAGAACAGGAGCGGAAGGCUUGUUGUGCCCGAGAAUCUAAGAAUGCCACGAGAUAUUUCUAAUCACCGAGAAGCUAAUUUAAUUAAGUCCUACAGAACCAGAAAUAGGCAUUUUUUGAAGCGGGAAGAUUCUUCUCAUAUUCUGGACUGGAUAGGGGAGACCCAAAGUGGGAUACGAAGACUGGAAAAUCCAAGAGAGGCAAAUUACGAGAGAGUCUGAAAGGAGCACCUUAGGUCGUGUAAGGACAUACAAGUGUCUAGCUACUUUUUUUCGAGAUGAGUAUUUAUCUAAUUUUCUUUUUCUUUUCAAGUUAUUCACUUUGCUAUUUGAUCUACGCGAUUAGAGUGUGUUUGGAAAGUGUUUUUAAUGUGAGAAAAAAAUUCUAUUCUAUUGAAAAAGGAAUUGAUUUCUAUUUGAAAUUUAA